AUGGAUGAAAAGAAGACCGAAAGCGAAUGCAAGUCUGACAAUGGUAUUGACUAAACCAAGAUCGAGGAAAUUUAAGAAAGGAUACAAAGUGAAAUUAGCAACAACGACUAAAACCCAAUGAAUCAACCAUCUCUUUUGUAUGAGGUUAUCAGUAGAAGCACCACCAUUCAAAGCUCUUAAGGAAGCAACUAAUGGGAUAACGUAGACGACAGCUACUUCAAUGAUCCAAAAUAUAUCUGCAAAUAGAUUUAUGUUUGA